UGUAUUUUUUAGUAAAAGUUUUAACGCGCUCAAUUGUAUUUUUAACUAAAGUUUUAACGCCCUUCUGUGUUUUUUAAAGAGACAAUUCAUACCAGUCAUUCACUUCUCAGGCGUGGUUUGCAAAUUCCUAUCAACAAUCAGGAGGCUACUUUAACCAGCUGUUGGCAAGAAUGGGUGGAGGCCAUGGUGCACUUCCUGAGGGCAAAUACCCCGGGUACCCAACCAAUGUGUGGACUAUGACUGGAGGGUGGUUUUGUAGACCUAAGCACUGGAGGCGUAACACUGCAAUUGCAAUGGCUGGAAUCUUCCUUGUCUGUAUUCCCAUUGCAAUGAAGUCAGCAGAGCUGGAGCAACGUCCACACUAUCCAGUUCGUCCAAUUCCAUCUCAGCUGUGGUGCAAAAACUUUCCAGAACCAGAUUCAAAAUAGAUAUAUGUUAAGUUGCAGCACUUAUAAAUGGAACAUGCUUUUCAUAGAUUUGGAGCAUGAGUCGGGUAUUUUUCAAAACAAUGAUUUUCUUCAAUCUAUAAGAAUUUCCCACGUUUGCUAAUAAGCUACUUUGCUUGUUUUCUAUGUUUAAGCAGCUGACUUGUAAUUAUUAAUUUUUUCACUUGGACUGGCCGAAAAGACUGCAAUGUGAGAGCCUGUUGAAUAAUUAUUGAAAUGUCAUAAUUUCCUUUAGACAUGUAGUAAGUAUUCAAGGAUGGAAGAUCUUAUUUGAAAACAUAUAUAUUAGUCCACAAACUGUUAACUGAGGGAAGAUACGUAAAUUCCAACAUCUUGGGGGAUAUUCUCAUUUUUUCCUUGUUAA